UUCCACCCAGUGAUUUUUUAAACCGGGACCAUGAUGAUCCCAAGCGUCCUCGCGCCUCCAGCCUUCUACCCGGGUCUGUACCGGCCGGCUCUGCCGCUGCACCACGCGCUGCCCUCCGGCUUCCCCACCCACUCCAGCUUUCUAGUGGAGGACCUGUUGCGGAUAAGCCGCCCCACAGCCUUCGUUAACCGGACUGUCCCGUCAAUGUGCGCCUCCCUGCCCACAGCCACCACCACCCUGUCCUUCAGCGGCGCGCAUACAGAGCGCGCAUUGGCCACGACCGCGUUGACGCGCGAAUCGUGCUCGCCGAAAAUGUCGAGCAGCAAGGACCCAACUUUUCUCAAGUUUGGCGUGAGCGCCAUCCUCGCACCUUCACCAAAGACAGUGUCCUCACAUCCUGCAUUCCACAGCCAGCACUCCAAGAGCUUCCCCUUCCCCUACUUUGAUGGGACCUUUCACCCCAUAUUCAGGACUCCUUAUUUACCAGUAUCUUCAUCCGUUAUUCCCAUUCCCGGGACCUUUUCGUGGCCCCUGGCCGCCAGAGGUAAACCCCGGAGAGGAAUGCUGAGGAGGGCGGUGUUCUCCGAUGUGCAGCGCAAAGCUUUGGAGAAAAUGUUCCAGAAACAGAAAUACAUCAGCAAGCCGGACAGGAAGAAGCUGGCAUCGAAGCUGGGCCUGAAAGACUCACAGGUGAAAAUCUGGUUCCAGAACCGGCGUAUGAAGUGGAGGAACUCCAAGGAGAGAGAGCUGCUGUCCUCCGGGGGCUGUCGCGAGCAGACCCUGCCCACCAAAGCCAACCCGCACCCGGACCUUAGUGACGUGGGCAAGAAGUCCUCAGCCGAGGAAGAUGAGGAAGAAGAGUUUGCAAGAGAGAGAACGAUUGCAGGGUCCAGCAUCUCCUCUCCAUCUUUUUCCAGCAAGCACUCGGACUUCUCAAUGUCAGACGACGAAGAAAUAACAGUAUCUUAAUUUAUUUUAAAUAUAGAGAAUAUAACCCAUGUUUUGUUUUCAUAUGAGACUGUGACCACAUCUGUAAGAAGCUGCCGGCCUUGAAGGGGACCCCAUAAAUGUCAUUGUUAAAAAAACAAAAAACACUCGUGUUUGUUGCUUCAGGUG